CCGCGCGCUUCCGGUCCUCUUGGCCGGGCUGGGGCUUGUUAGCAAGCAGCCAUGGAGCGUUCGGAGGCCGACGCCGCGGACGACAAGGACAUGGACUCGUUCCUGGAAAAGUUCCGGAGCCAGCCGUACCGCGGCGGCUUCCGCGAGGACCGGUGGGAGCAGGAAUUUGACAAGAUCCCCCUGUUUAUGAAGAAUGCACCAUCAGAAAUCGACCCCAAGGAGAAUCCUGACUUAGCCUGUCUCCAGUCAAUCAUUUUUGAUGAGGAGCGUUCUCCAGAAGAACAAGCCAAGACGUACAAAGAGGAGGGCAAUGACUACUUUAAAGAAAAAGACUAUAAGAAAGCUGUGAUUUCGUAUACUGAAGGAUUGAAAAAGAACUGCAUGGAUCCUGAUUUGAAUGCUGUCCUUUAUACCAACCGGGCUGCAGCUCAGUACUAUUUGGGCAAUUUCCGUUCUGCUCUCAGUGACGUGACGGCUGCCAGGAAGCUGAAGCCAUGCCACCUGAAAGCCAUCAUUAGAGGUGCCCUGUGCCACCUGGAACUGAAACACUUUGCUGAGGCCGUGAACUGGUGUGAUGAGGGGCUGCAAAUAGAUGCCAAGGAGAAGAAACUUCUAGAGAUGCGGACUAAAGCAGACAGGCUGCAGCGAGUGGAGCAGAGGGACGCGAGGAAAGCCAUGCUCAAGGAAAGGAGGGAGCAGAGUCAGCACGAGGCUUUACUCAAGGCUGUCAAGGCUAGGAGCAUCAGGCUUGUCUCCAAAGCCGCCAGUGAGGAUGAAGAUCCAACCCGUGAGGUCUUCCUGGACGGGCUCAGCUCUGAGAACCCGUGUGGAGCUCGGCUGAGUCUCGAUGAGCAGGGCCGGCUGAGCUGGCCCGUGCUGUUUCUGUACCCGGAGUAUGCCCAGUCCGACUUCAUUUCUGCUUUUCACGAGGACUCCAGGUUUAUCGAUCAUCUAACGGCGAUGUUUAGUGAAACACCAUCUUGGGACUCAGAGCAAAAAUACCACCCUGAUAAUUUGGAGGUCUACUUUGAGGACGAGAACAGCACAGAACUGUACUACGUGUCCCCCAAGAGCACCCUGCUACAGGCGCUGCAGCACCCCAGGUACUCUGUAAAAGCCCUGAUGCCCGCAUUUUUGGUCUGUGUGGGAUCCUCUCCUUUUUGUAAGAAUUAUCUCCGGGGAAGAAAGGUACACAGAUAAAGUGAGAGCCAGGCCUCGGGUCUCUCCCUCUGCUUCGGCCUGGAAUCUAGUGCACCUGCAUCAACUGGAUCUACAGCCCAAACCCAGCAUUCUUCCGUCACCCCAUGCUGGGAAGGGAGGAAGGAACUGCUCCUGUCUUCCUGGGACGGCAGCCAAGUCCUGAGCUGCAGCUGGCCCUCUGCUCCUCGACACCCCGGGCGGCCGUCUCUGAAGGGCCCCUCCGCUGCGCUGACUCGGGUGCAGCAACGCGUCGGAACCUGUGUGGCAAAGUAUAGACGACACUUCUGGAAGGCAGUGAACCAGCUCUGCAUGAGAUUCCAAGGCUUGGCCAGGAGGCUCUGGCCCCAGCUUCACCAGCACAGAGGAGAGCUGUGGGGGGCUCUGUAGAUGCUGUGGGCUACACGGUGCCAGGAAGGCCACAUCGUGGUUUUUCACUUGUCAAGAUGGUUCACAACGGGACCUCUGGGACUGUCAGUUUUCUGUGAAAACGGUGACACACUUGGACAGUGGCCGUACGUCUUUCCCAGUUUCUACUGCCGCCUCCUCAGCCUCCUGCAUGCGGGGUCCAGGUGUACCACCGUGCUGGCCAGGAUUCUGGACCUGUAACCGGAAAGGAUCUGCCUUGCGGUCAUGAGUUUUUUGUCCUGAGCCGUUUCCCCACUUCUAGAGAUUGUGUGUAUCCUGGGCUGCGACCGGCUGCAGCGUCUGCCCCAUCUCCUGUGCGAAGAAGGGACGUGAGCAGAUGAGACCCAAGUCAUCCUGAUGGAGUCGGAGUCAGUAACUGCAUGGUAGCCUCAUACUCUUCCCUCAGCCAUGAGACCCCAGCUCCCAAGUGCGGACCGUCCCCUCAGCGUGGGCGGUGUCAGGACGGCGAGACACGGGGCAGCCGAAGCCGCUGGUCGGGAGCCGCCGACUGGACACGGACAGCAAGGGCUGGCUGUGAGCCGCGCUGCUGGUGCAUCGUUACACCAAAACCAGUUCUGUCCUUCACAUGGGCUAAUGUGGUGUUUCUUGUUAUUUGGGAGCAGAGAGAGACGGAGCAAGUGUGGGAACACCAAGGCCUCUUGCUGCUACAAACACACUCCAGCUGAAGCACAUGGUGCAUCUGGCUUAUGUGGGCACUGGGGUACUGAAUCCAGGCCAGCAGGCUUCGCAAACAAGCCAUCUCCCAUCCCUGCCUGGACUUUUGUGUCGGAAUACUUGGACCUGGGCAGGUCCUCCAAGUCCCAUUCUCUCCCUAAUCAGAGACCUCCGGCCUGUGUAAGAGGCCUGCCGUCUAGUUAGCAGUGGCCCCUGUGACCCUUAGAUGCUGUCCCUUGCUCCUCAGCCGUGUGUCUCACGGCCCUGCGCCACGACUUUUUACCACACUGUUUUCUUGAUGACUGUCCCUACCUCUUGGUAAACUGAGUCAGGAAUGCUGAGCUCUACUGUUGCACUGCGAGGGCCUAGCACUGCCCCGGGGCAGCAGUGAGUGCGCACGUCACCUGAAGCCGCACCCUCCACCUCGAGAGCUGCCAGCCCAGGGCCCACGUCCUAGUGUGUGCCCGGCCGCCCUGGCGGGACUCCAAGCCUACGACAGGUGCUGCCAGCUUGCCUGCCUGCCCACGAGAACCUGCUGUCGGCAGAAGCCCCCGCCAGAGCCAGACCCCACAGCAGCGCAACUCUCUCACAGGGGCCUCUGCCCGCGCAGGCGGCGCUCUUGCCUACCAUCAGCCAGUGUGUGCCUCCUCCGCACCCCCGGCCCCGCAGUGUUCAUUAGCCAAGGACAAUUAAGCUCGCCCCGGGAGCUUGUUAGCAGCCUGGCGAGCGGCUGGCUUGACGGCGGGGCACCAUCCCUACAGGCUUCGUGCAGAGCAUCACCUCGGGUGCGGGCAGCCACCACCCGUGCGUGCGCCGUGGCCCAGGCACCGCCGUCCCAGUUCACACGGACAAGCUGAGGUGCAGAGGCUGCAGGAAACACAGCCACCAAGCGGCCCAGGCAGCCUCAUUCCAGCCGGCACUCAGGGGUCUUAACACUGUGAUGAUGCUAUUGUGGUUUUUAAAAUUUCUUACUUGAGAGAGAGAGAAUGGGCACACCAGGGCUCAAUUCCCCAGGACCCAUGCAAAGCCAGAUGCACAACAUGGUGCGUGCAUCUGGAGUUCAU